UUCAUUAGCUCGCUUUUCUCUCUUCGAAGCUUCAACAAGAGAGGGACAGAUAGAGAGAAUGGAGCGACUCGCGAAUGCGUUCUCUGUGCUAGUGCUCGACGCCCCAGACGACGAUCAGGCGCGAACGGCGUCGUCUUCCGCCGAUUCCAAAGCCAAAGUCUGCGCUUCUGCCGAUUCUGGUGUGGAAGAUAAGGAAGCUAAGAGCACGGCCAUAGUAGAAAAACAUAAGAACAAUCAACAAAACCUAGACACUCCUCCAGCAGAGUACAAGUUGCCUCUCGUGUGGAUUGAUUUAGAGAUGACUGGAUUAGAUGUUGAAGUUGAUAGAAUAUUGGAAAUUGCCUGCAUAAUUACUGAUGGAAAUUUAACCAAAUCAGUGGAGGGUCCUGAUUUGGUCAUCCACCAAAGUAAGGAAUGUUUAGAUCAGAUGGGAGAAUGGUGUCAAAGUCAUCACGCAGCUAGUGGGCUGACAAAAAAAGUGCUCCACAGUACAAUGAUUGAAAGAGAAGCAGAAAAACAGGUUAUCGAAUUUGUGAAAAAGAAUGUCGGCACGUACACGCCUCAUUUAGCAGGAAAUUCAGUUUAUAUGGAUUUCAUAUUUCUAAAGAAAUACAUGCCGGAUUUGGCUAGCCUUUUCUCCCAUGUAGUAGUUGAUGUCAGCAGCGUGAAAGCGCUAUGCAUUCGCUGGUAUCCUAGAGAUCAGAAGAAAGCCCCAGCUAAAGAAGGUAAACACAGAGCCAUGGAUGAUAUCAGAGAAAGCAUCAAGGAACUCAAAUACUACAAAGAGAGUAUAUUCAAAUCCAAGUCUAAAAGGGGAUGAUGCAGAAGAAGAUGAAGGCGGCAUUUGAGAAUUGAGCGAGUUUAAUUGCAUUUUGGUCCACAAUUACAGGGCUCAUUUCUUCUGUAAAUUACAAACUUGGGCUGUAGUAUCUUAUUUGAUUGCCUUGGCUCAGUGCAAGAAGAUUGACUUUUUUUUUUUUUUUUUUAACCCAAUAUAUAUACAUGGUGCAAGUGUAUUGAGCCAUGACAUAAUUUUUGUCUGAUAUACUUAAUUUCGCAUUGAGCCAUGAUAUCCUCUCAUAAAUUUGCUACUUUGAUCAAGUU